UUUUGCUGACUUAGCUAUUAACUUUAAUCUUUUUAAUUUUGUAAGAGUGAACUAAAUUAGACAGAACAGUCAUUUUAGUGUGGCUGAUUUGUCUUUAAUUAUUACAGUAUUGUAAACUUUUGUGGCUGUUUGACUGACAGUAGCCAAAGAAAUGUCAGUGAAACAUGAAGUGCUCUGCAAAUGACAGCUUCUUUAAAAAGUGUAUUGAGUGUAUCUGCUAAGCGACUGGCACUGUUCUAGAUGUUGAGGUUACAAAGAUGAAUAAAGAGAGAAGAAUUCCUAGCCUGGUCUUCCUUCUUCCUUCCUUCCUUCCUUCCUUCCUUCCUUCCUUCCUUCCUUCCUUCCUUCCUUCCUUCCUUCCUUCCUUCCUUCCUUUAUUUAUGUUGAGCUUAGAGUGACGCUAGUUACAAAAUUUUACGGGUUUCAGGUGCACAAUUCCACAACACGUCAUCCGUACACUGUAUUCUGUGUCCACCACCCAAGUCAAGUCUCCCUUCAUCAUCAUUUAUUCCUCCUUCACCUGUCUCUGCUCUCCCCUAUUUUUAUUUUUUAAAACAAGCUUAUUGAGAUAUAAUUCACAUACCAUAAAAUUUACUCUAUAAUAGUACAAUUUGGUGGCUGUUAGUAUAUUUACAGUUUUACAACCGUGACCACUGUCUUAAGUUUAGAAGACAAAUGACAAUGUUUAAUCAGCGUUUUUUAAGUCUUUUGUUAUUUUUGGCUUUGUCUCAAAGCUUAAUUUUCUCUCACUUUCCCCAGGCUCACCCCUACAGGUGAGAUUGUACGGGGUCCGUUCAUCAGGUAGGAAGCAGACAGUGUCAGUGUCCUUCUUUUAAAACAUGAUGGUGCCGAGUGAUGUGAUGUGAUGAAAGAUGCAGAAGUCACAAACACUUUAAUGCUGACAGUGUCAUUUGAACAAAUAAAGUAGAUGGUGCUGGAGAAAUCAUUUAACAUUGCACGAACGCAGGACGAGGAAAGGAGUAUUUUAAAGAACCCCAGGUUUGUUGAAAUAACAGAAAUACCAAGUUUGUGAUCAAGUGCCACGCCCACCUUCUUGCUCACUCUCUUUCUCUCUUUAAAUAUACAAAGUAACUUGGUUUCACAGCCAUUUUGUGUCUUUAGUUUCCUUCCAGAGAUCAGGUAGGUUUUUUUUGUUAUUUGUUUGAAAGCAAUGGUGCGUCUAUAGAGUUUGUGAAAAUUCUUUCAGUUCAUUUCUGGGCUCCCCAAAGCUCACAAUGCUGGUUAAAUAGCAACCUCCGUUUAACGGGGUUGCUGUAAACAAAGCCCAGAGUGAAACCCCUGUGUAUUCCUGCAGAUCUCCAGGUGCCUCUCAAGUACAGAAAUAAGUGCAGAAAAGGUUUACUGGGUUUAUUAAAUGAUCAUCCUUUAAGAGGCUCAUGUGCUGCUUGUGUGUUGCAUUAGGACACCUGUGUGACACUACUGUGUUUAGUGCUUCUUAGAAGGGGGUGAGCCCUAGGAUUUGGAUCCCUCUCAGAGGUUUGGGCAGAAGAAUUUUGUCAGGACAGAUAUAAGCUCACAGAGCUGCGAAAAGGACCGUCAGUCAGAAGACAUCAAGCCGUUUUUUGUUUCCCUGAUGUCUUAAGAAAAAUAUUCUUCAAACAGAAGAAUGAACUGUCUUGCAGGGGGAACUGUUGGACUACUGCCCAGAAGAAAAGAUGUUUGGUUUUCACAAGCCAAAGAUGUACCGAAGUAUAGAAGGCUGCUGUAUUUGCAGAGCUAAGUCCUCCAGCUCUCGAUUCACUGACAGUAAACGCUACGAAAAGGACUUCCAGAGCUGUUUUGGGUUGCAUGAGACGCGUUCGGGAGACAUCUGUAAUGCCUGUGUCCUGCUUGUGAAGAGAUGGAAGAAAUUGCCGGCGGGAUCAAAAAAAAACUGGAAUCAUGUGGUAGAUGCAAGGGCAGGACCCAGUCUGAAGACUACGCUGAAACCAAAGAAAGUGAAAACUCUAUCUGGAAACAGGAUAAAAAGCAACCAGAUCAGCAAACUGCAGAAGGAAUUUAAACGUCACAAUUCUGAUGCUCACAGUACCACCUCAAGUGCCUCCCCCGCUCAAUCUCCUUGCUAUAGUAACCAGUCGGAUGAUGGCUCGGACACAGAGAUGGCCUCGGGCUCUAACAGAACGCCCGUGUUCUCCUUCUUAGAUCUCACGUACUGGAAAAGACAGAAAGUGUGUUGUGGGAUUAUCUACAAAGGCCGUUUUGGGGAAGUCCUCAUCGACACGCAUCUGUUUAAGCCUUGCUGCAGCAAUAAGAAGGCGGCCGCCGAGAAGCCCGAGGAGCAGGGGCCAGAGCCCCUGCCCAUCUCCACUCAGGAGUGGUGACUGAGGGUCACAUAGAAGGGGAACAAAAACAAUUUACCUUUUAGGGGGGGCAAGAAACCCCCACAGCAACAAAAUGACCCUCCUGUGUUUAACUUGGAUACCUGCUAUUCUGCCAAAAGACAAUUUCUAGAAUAGUUCUGAAUGGGUUGUUUUUCCUUCAUCUUUACAACUUCCACAUACUAUGAAGCCAGUGUCUAGCUAACUAAGAGAAAAAAAUGACAUGUACAUAAUAUUUAAGAUGCUGAGUAUUUCAUAGGAAAGCUGAAUGCUGCUGUAAAGUGCUCUUUAAGUCUUUUCUUUUUGAUCCCCUUCUAAUGAAUGAAACUAGGGGAAUUUCAGGGGACUGAGGUGGGAUUUGGGUGUAUGAUAAACGUCUGUAGUCUUAGUCUUUCUAUAUUGAGAAGCAGUGGUUGGGGCAUUUUUAAAGAUGGCUGACUACACUUAGUUUCCUUCGUGAUAAUAAAUUUGUCAUAACUCAGUAACCUAGACUUGCCCCUAGAGGGAGCUGUUAAUAAUUUGGAAAUGUUAAGGUCUGGCCAAGGUUCUGAUGAUUCAAACCUAUACUACUGAAUAUUGAGCAGGACAGACUCGCUCUCUGCACGUACCUUGAAGGAGUAAUUUUCUGAGUAUACAAAGAGGUAACUGGACUGUAUAUGUUGUAUCCUGUGUCACCUCCCUCAUGUCGGUAUUUGUUGAAGAUUUUAACUUAUACAAAACCUUUACAGCAGAAUCAGAGCUUGUGGGGAGAUGGCAAGGCUUCAGGGUGAGCAGUCUCACAUGAGUAGUACCAAAGCUUGACCAUAUGACAGAGAACACACUCUCUUAAAAAUGUCAAAUUAUUGGAAGAAUAAGACGAGCGUGCCUUUAGGAUGGCAUCAAAAUAGCAAAAAUUAAUGCUUCUUGGGCCACAUUUCUCAGCGGGCUUGCCGAGUGUGUAAAUAACUGACUUUCGUUUGUACUACAUGACUGGUGACUUCACUGCAAAUUUAUCCGAUUCAGUUUCAGCUCUGGAUUACUUCAGUUGACCUUUGUGAAGGUUUUUUCUGUGUAGAGUGUUUGACUUGUUCUAAUCUAUUAGGGCUUGGGGGGUUUUUUUUUCACUGUGUUAAAGUAGAAUUCUAAUACAAGAAAGAGGUGUGUUAAAUGCUAAGUGGGUUGGUUUUGGUUUGGCUUCUUUUAGUCAAGCUUUCUCAACACUGAGAAGUUAGGCGCACAUUCUGAACAUGAGGUCCUUCAGUUCUAAAAUCUUAAUUAAAAGCCUGCUACUGGGACCCAAACCAAAGGACUCUCAUUGCCUCUUUUCUCAAAGUUCCUGGGACAUAUGAGCAGUUCACACUUUCUCUGACAAGAGGGGAUCAGUUGCCUGCCUUUGAAUGAAAUGACUCAGUGCUUACUUUUAAAGCCGGAUUUAAAAAAUUGAAUAGUAUAAGUAACAGUAAAGGAGUGAGCCACUUUUUAUAGGCACCAUGUAGUUUUAUAGUUUUAAUCUAAACUUAAAAUUUUAUAUUCCUUUUGGAAGAAACUACAAGCUACCGUAUGCACAGACAGCACAGUGAGUUGGGGCGGCUCUCCCGCAGCCUGUAAGGGGUAUUGUAAGAGUCUCAGCCAUUAUCAUCUUCUUCCUGAGUUAUUUUGAAAUGGUCCUCUUCUUUUUUUUUUUGUACAUUUUGGCUACAGUAUUGGUGGUAGAAUAUACUAUAAUAUGGGUCAUCUCUACUUCUGUAUUUAUUUAUUUAUUACUAGACCUCAACCACAGUCUUCUUUUUCCCCUUCCACCUCUCUUUGCCUGUAGGAUGUACUGUAUGUAGUCAUGCACUUUGUAUUAAUAUAUUAGAAAUCUACAAGUCUGUUUUGUACUUUUUAUACUGUUAUAAUCAAAACUUUUACUAGGUUAUUGAAUAAAUUUAGUCUUAUU